AUGGAGGAGGAGAAACAGAGUCGUCGUCAUCAUCAUUUCGUGCUGGUCCAUGGAGCUUGCCAUGGAGCUUGGUGUUGGUACAAGGUUGUUCCUUUACUGAAACAAGCUGGCUAUAAAGUGACCGCUCUCGACUUGGGCGCUUCUGGGAUCCAUCCAAAGCAGGUUACCGAGAUGGGUUCGGUCUCGGACUACCUCGCGCCGCUGAUGGAGUUGAUGGCUUCCUUAACAGGAGAAGAAGAGAAGGUGAUCUUAGUUGGACAUAGUAUGGUUGGUGUUGCGAUAUCUGUAGCAAUGGAAAUAUUUGCAGAGAAAGUAGCUGUUGCAGUGUAUGUAGCGGCUAUUAUGCCAGCUCCUCAUCCCGGUGUCGGCUACUCUUUUCCAAGAGAAGAGUGUCUCAAGCGAAUGGAUUUCAUGGAUAGCCACUUCUCAUUCCACAAUGGUCCUCAAAAUCCUCCGACCAGCAUGCUGUUUGGACCAAAGCUGAUGUCAACUAAAUUGUACCAGCUCUCCCCACCUGAGGUAACACCCUGA